AUGUCUCAAGAAACUCAACAUUGUGUUGUUCAAGGGUCGAUUUCUAAUCCCAUUCAACAUCGGGCUGUAGUUGAAUCAAGACUGCAUCCAGAGGGGGUCAAGAGUGCGCAGCUCGAAAACCAGGCCCUGAAGGAAAGACUCCAUGCCGUGGAAGAACAGAACAAGGUACUCUCCGCCAAUAAGAGACAUCGCAAGCAGGACAACACAGUUUCCAAAGAUAUUCUAGCCUUUGAAGCAGAACUAAAGAUCUGCGCGAAACAAUAUGGCCUCAUGAUCAAUAUGUUCCCUCCACCAGCAGCCCUGCUCAAAGUGACACUUCCUAACCCUGUGCCACCGUUCAACACAGCCGCUCGGUAUGCCACUACAGGCUUGCAGGAGAUCGCAACUCUGGCGGAAUUGUACGACACACUCCCUCAGCACCUGCACCACCUGGUGCCGAUGAACCGUUUUUCACAUGUGUUCUCAAAGGUGCUUUGUGCUGGCCAUGCCUCUGAGCUGAACAAGCUCAGGAGUGCAGCUGGUCAAAUUUUCAAUUUACCCCAGCAUUACUUCACAAUAUCACACACUCGUGAUAUGGAACCCGAAAUCCGCCAGCUACUUGGCAUCACUGGCAAGGCUAGCAAGUCGUACCCCCUUUUGCCACCUAUGUUCCAGGGAAUCUCAUUGACCGCACUCGCAAAACAUUAUUUGGGCGGUGCUCCACCUAAUGCAGUUAAGUGGGGUGUUACAGCGGUAACGCCUGGGGCUGUGGCUUGGGCUAUCAUCACGAACAUAUGUCUACUAUCACCCGACCAAGAAUUUCCUCAAGAAGGCAAGGGGAAGACCUCAGAUUCUGCUGAAGAUCUUCAAGAAGAGAUGUGUCUUGCUCGACUUGGAUUGGCGGCAGAGGCAAGGGACUCAGAAGAUAUGUCUGACAAUGAAGAAGGGGACAAAAAUGCUAGCAUUGAUAAUGUCCUUGCUGAAGCUACAGGCACAAUCACUAUACAUGAACCGGAUGAGGUUCCUGUACCUCCUGGGCCUAUGAUUUCAACAACUGACACCAUGACAUCAGCUCUCACUGUAUCAAGCAACUCCAGCUUAAUCACUGGCAGCAGUCCUUGUGUUUAUGAUGGACCAGUUGAUGAAACAGAGGUAGUUGUGAUCGAAGAAACUAAUAUUCAGCCUGUCAAGACAAAGUCUAAGGCUGGUCGAUGGCCCAAAAAGUCGGCAGUACUACAGGAAGGGGAUGUCAUUGAUAGCAGACCUGCUGCUGCCCCUCAACGCGGCCACUCGAAGAGAUAG